AUGGCUCGAACCAAGGAAGAAGAGACCGAAUGGCAGAGGCACCGCGAUGAGCUCAAGGCCUUGUGGCUGGAUCAGCGCUGGACUUUAGAGCAGAUCCAAGAGCAUAUGUCCCAAAGGCACAGUUUCCGCAAAAGCGCACCUCAGUAUACCCGACAGUUCAAGAAGUGGAGGUUCAAAAAGAAUUUGACCGACGAGGAGUGGAAAUUUGUUGCGCAUCGUCGCGAGAAGCGAAAACGAAACGGAAAACACCCAGGCGAGGUCAGGGUGCACGGCAACCUUAUUCCUGAACCAAAGGUCAGAAAGGAAACAGCGCGUCACGUCUCAUUAUUGUCGCAAUGUUUGUGGAUGGGAGACUCUGACCCCAAGACCCCUGAAGGGUUGUCGUGGGUACCCCGAAUAGACAUAGAUGGUACUGAGUCCGGCGUUUCCGCGAACGUCGUUGCGAUAGACUGCUCCCAGAGCCUGAGCGUGGAUGGUAUCAAUGUUGGAACUUCAACAAGGUCCCAAUCCACCGAACGGGACCCUCUCGCCUUCCAUGUUGAAUUCCCGGAGCUGAGGUACUCGCAGCUUUCUUUCCAGGGGAAUGAGGCACCCUCCGCAACACCUUCUUAUCUCGAGAGUGCUACCUUGGACCACUGUCCGCCUGUAACAUCUUCUAGGACACCAACAUCUACAAAUAUGAGCACACAUAUCCGGUACGACUUUGAUACCAUCAGCUACGCCAUUGCUCAACAGACCCGACAGACACUCUUAUUUCAGGCAGAUCCGUACAGCACUUCUGAUUCCGACGAUCUAAUCUCAGCCCUGGAGCCUAUCACCGUAGGGGAUGUCAACCGCAAUUUGACAAGACGAGCCGAGGCUAUAGCCGACGCUACAGUCGAGGCUAUAUUUCAAUCGCCCUCCCCGGAAAAUUUGUCUCACUGUCUCAGUCUCUUCGCCUAUCCGUCAUCCAAUAACCUGAUGAACCGCCUGUCAGCGGACGAGCUGGUUUUGCUUAUUAAGAGAGCGGCUCUCACUAGUGCGGCGGCCGUGGGAGACAUUGAGAUCUGCCGGAUCCUUAUCGAGGCUGGAGCGGACCUAGAUGCACCUAGUGGGCCGACAGGCAUGCGAACAACAGCUCUUCACCGAGCAACCGAGAACAAUGACGCGGAGUGUGCAAGGAUGCUGCUGGAGGCCGGUGCAGACCCCAAUCUAGCAGUGGACUGGGAGACACCGCUACACACUGCAUGCCUUAUGUCCGAAGCCCUUGAUAUUGUGGACCUUUUGCUCCAGUUUGGAGCUCAUGUUAAUCCGCUGCAAGACUGUGCCGAACCCACGCCUCUGCAACUUGCUGUCGAGAAUCGGAAGCCCGGCUUGGUGCAACUCCUUCUUGAUAACAAAGCAAACCCCGACUCUUUCAUAACCUCCAAGAGUGGCGCACCUCUACAAAUGGCAUGCCGUGACUCUGCCAAUGCCGAAAUGGUCGAGCUUUUAAUAGCUGCAGGCGCGAACAUUGAUUUUCGCACAACUUACCGAUGUGACAAUCGAAAUUCCGAUUAUCUCGGGGACGGCGAUGCAGACUCCGAUUCAGAAUACGAUUCAUUCUAUUGCAUUGAGGGUUGUAUUUGUGUUCCCGAUUCCUUUAAGCCAGCCAUCCUUAUAGCGGCGGAAAACGAGAAUUGGGAGGUGGUCCAGCUUCUGCUGGAGGAAGGAGCUGCUAUUAACGCCAGCUUGAAGAAAUGCCCACCUGAACUCCUAGAUCACGAACUUGACAAACACGACUGGGGUUCUGCCAACCUGGCCGUGUUUACACCAUUGCAAGCAGUUGUCAGGGAAGAGAAUAUCACCAUGACCCGCAUGCUUUUGAGCGCAGGAGCUCAUAUCGACGAGAGGCCGGAAGGAAAGUAUGGCCACACCGCGCUCCAGAUAUCUGCCAUGGUCGGGAAUAAAAGGAUCACUGAAAUCCUCCUGCGGAAAGGAGCGGACGUCAAUGCCCCAGCGGGCGUCUAUCGUGGAAGGACAGCACUUCAGGCUGCUGCUAUACAUUCGGAUACGACGGUGUUGAGCAUCUUGCUAAGGCACGGGGCAGAUGUAUAUGCUCCGCCGGCCUUACGCGAAGGCAAAACUGCCCUGCAAAUAGCAGUCGCCGCGGGUAACAGCGAAGGGGUCAGGAUUCUUCUUGAUGCAAAUGCAGCUGUCAACACCGACCCAAUUUGCACUGGAGGGGCCACAGCUCUCCAGGAAGCUAUCCAAAUCAGAGGCUCGGCAUUACGGAAUGAAAUAGUUUACCUACUGCUGCGCGCAGGCGCGAAUACUGAGGGUCUCGACUACAAUCAAUACGACCCUCUUCAUGCCGCAGUAAGAAAUGGAGACAAGGCAAUGACGAGGAAGCUCCUGGAGAAAGGCACAAACGCGAAUGUAGGAUUUUGUGCGCAGACAGGCCUAACCCCUGUGCAGCAAGCUUCGUCCCGAGGCAAUGAGGAUCUGGUCCAGGUAUUGAUAGGCCAUGGAGCAGACGUCAACGGCCCGCCUUGCCGGUCUGGAGGACGUACAGCCUUGCAGGCAGCAGUUGAAAACGGCCAUGUGUCUACGGCAAAGAUGCUAUUGGAGUUUGGCGCAGAGAUCAAGUCACACAGAGCUGAAUCUCACGGAAUCUCGGUGAUGGAAGCUGCCGCCGAGAGAUGUGAUAAAGAGCUAGUCCAGCUUUUCCUCAAUAAAGAACCGGACGGCAUAUCGUCUGAACCCAUUACGAAGAGUCAAGUCAUAGGGCUAGCUCUGGCCCGCUGGAAAUGCGACGUGCCUUUGCUGGAGAUGCUGCUCAAAGGGGGGGCAGCCGUUAACAAUAACCCGGGCACUCAGUCGAAGCCAUUUCUUCAAAUUGCAGUAGAAAGGCACAACUACAGAGUGGUGCACUGUCUGCUUUCUGCAGGGGCCAACGUAAACCACCGCUGGGAAACCAGCUCUCCUGGCAAUGUCACGGCUCUUCAGGCCGCCGUUUCUAGGCGAACUAUUGACAUAGUCCAGUUACUGCUCGAAUGGGGCGCUGACGUCAAUGCACCAGCAAACAAGCAUGGAGGGAAGACUGCCCUGCAAACAGCAGUGUCAGAGAACCAUCGAGUCAUGACAGACCUCCUGGUGCAUCAUGGGGCUGAUGUCAACGGCUUGCCCAGUCCAGUGCGAGGUCAGACUGCUCUCCAAGAGGCUGCAAGCUCGGGUUAUGUGCAGCUCUCUGAAUAUCUACUGGCUCAUGGAGCCGAAGUCAAUUCUCCAGCAGCACAUUUGGGUGGUGUCACAGCCUUGCAAGGGGCCGCGAUACGCGGCAACAUUCGCAUUGUGAUGAUGCUACUUCAUGCCGGGGCAGAUGCCAAUGGAGCACCUGCCAUUGAGCAGGGAUUAAAUGCCAUCGAUGCCGCUGCAGAGAAUGGCAGGCUUGACACUCUGCAUCUCCUGUUGAACUAUCAUCUGGAUACCGAAGAGCUUGAGGUCAAGAGAAAAAGAGCGGCGAAACUGGCACAGGCAAAUGGUCACCUGGCAAUUGGGAGAUUCCUGCUGGCUUAUCGUAAACAUCCUUGA